AUGACUUCAGUGCCCAUACGGGCACUCAAUGCGUUGUGUAGCGAAACAUCACGCAAUAUUCAAGAAUGGCUUGCGGAAUUGACGGUAGCCAACGAACCGGAAUGUAUCUUCAUUUUAUAUGCGAAAUCAUUUUUGGAUCAUACCGAGCAACAACAUUUAUCAAUGAUAUCAAAUCAUUGCGAGGAACAAAUUAAACAAAUUCAUUCAGACAGUGCAAGUUCGCCAGCACCAGCAAAGCCAAAACGAUGCAUUGCUCGGAUGAUGUCUUCAUCUUCGGAAAAUGUUAUGACCGCUUCAACACCAGUACCGCUUGCGAAUAAUAUGAAAUAUCGUACCACCGUAUGUUAUCAACUUGAUGGAACAAAAUAUAAUCCAGCACCAAUAUCAGCAGUUAUACGUGUGAAAUCCUGCAACGAUUUUGAUAGCAAUAAAACGGAUAAAGUGAAAUCAGAAUAUAAUUCGGUUACCAAUGAAAGAUUAGCUAUGAAAUUUUCCGCAUUACCGUCACAUAGUGCAAGAACGAGCUUUUCUCUGAUAAAUCGAUCACUUGCACCGAAAAUUUCUACCAAAGGAUACGGUUAUCGAUAUAGAUUACGUCGUAAAUCACAAAAAUCGUACCGAUCAUUGCUUCAACAGCAGCAAAAACAGGAUAAAAACGAAACAGUUAAAACUGAUCGGAAACCGAAUGAUGAAAUGACAAUGGUUACUGACAGAACAAUGAUUGCCAACGAUUCGAAUUUUAAUACUUCGCUUUAUUUACCUGCUGAAUCGUCAUCAUUGAAAGUUGAUACUGAUCAAUGGAUAGCAAAACAGAAUUAUCAAUCCGUAUCUGUUGCAAGUGAACGUAAUCUAACUUGUUCAAAAAAUCAAUUGAGUUCAUCCAAUCAAUCGUCAUUGCACAACAUGGAUACUAAUAAUAAUUCGGAGAACUGCGAAACGGUGCAUACGAAGCAAUUAAAUUCUUCCCGGAAGAACAACAACAAUGAAUCAGGAAAUUUUUCCAGCAUUCAAAAAACUGAUUCGCAUUCGUCAAUUAUAUCAUCUGUAAAAUUUAGAAAGCUACCGAAAGCAACGCAGAGAAAAAUGAAACCAGACAAGAAAUCUGAUCCUGUGGAUAAUUGUGAUCGAAAUCAGCUUUCUGACAAUCAUUGGAUUAAGGUAUCGCAGAAAACAACAAAUCAUGAGCAGUUACAAAUUUUUCGCGUCAAUGGCAAAACAAUAUUACAGGCACUUGUUGAUGCACCAUCAAGUUCACAAAAAUCGACUUCAAACAUUUCGAGAUAUUCUAGUUAUAACCCUGAUAAUGAUAUAAUUGAAUCAACCUCAACCGGAGGAACAACACCAGUACCGUUUGAAUCGAUGGAUUCAAGUACUAAUAAUAGCACAGAUUUAGAGCAAGGGUCAACCGAAUUAAACUUCCAAAAUUGUUUGUCGAAGGAUUUGUUCGAUUGUAAUAAAAUUUUACCAGCUUAUGCUCGAAUAGCCAAUACGAUUGAUCACGUGUUACGUGUAUGUAGCACAUUUCAUACAGCACUAAACGAUGAUACUAAUGAGAAAUGGACGAGUGAUCUAAUAUGUGAGGCAAAAGUAUUUAUUAUAACAGUUCAAUGCUCACCGUGUUUUACAUUUCUUUCUGCACAUGAUAUAGCAACAGUAAAACGAAUGAUUUUCGACUUGGAAUCGGAGCAGAAUUGUACAGAAAGGCCCGUUAGUGCGUCUAAUUUCCUGAUUGUUCUAUUACGGAAGAUAAUUCAUGAAAUGCUAAUCAUUUUUGCAAAGAUAAUAUCAGAAUAUCUGGCGGAAUGUACCAAUCAUGAUCGAUUAUUGAUCAUUGCGCUUGAACAACUCAUACACUUGAUGCUUUUUGGCGAUGAAAUUUGUCAUGUUAUUAUGCAGUAUGGUGGUUUGGAUUCGUUGUUGUAUUUUUGUGAAGUACCAUCAGUUUCAAAUGGUACCCUUCGGUUGCUACUCCGAGCUCUAGCUAUCUUAUGCGGUAACUAUCGAGGUGCAUUGAAACUUUUAGCGCUUAAUAAAUUUGAGUUAAUUAUUCAAUUGCUAUUUACCUCAACGAUAGCUUGCUCAGCAGAAGCAGCCGGUAUAUUAACGCAACUAACAAAUCCUAAUCAAAAUUAUGUUCGACUUGGUAGUAUGUUGCCAAGAGUUGUGAUACGAAUUCUUGAAAUUGUUGAUAAAAGUAAAGUGGCGGAUUCAUUAUUGUUGGCAUUAGCAGCAUUAGCAAAUAUAACUGUGCAAGAAACCGGAACGAUUGAUAUCCUCUACGAGCAUAAUGCUAUCAAACGUUUUGUUCAAGCAUAUAAACGGCCAAAAUGUCGCAAUGCAUUUAUUGAAGAACAGUUGUUGACAAUUUUUAUCAGUCUUGCAAAUGGUGCUUAUAUUGAAGCAUUAAUUGGACAAGGCGCAGUUGACCUUUUGCUUUCGUUGUUGAGAACACACGGUGGAACAAAUGUCAACUAUUGCAGAAGGAUUCAGAUACGAACCACACAAUGCUUGCGAACGAUAGCUAAUCACGGAAUUGGCCUUAAGGCUAUACAUGAAAUGAAUGGUUAUGCGGUGAUAUCGAAGAUAAUAAGAAAUAAUAAUGCACCAACUGAUGUAAAAAGUAAUUUAUGGUGGAUAACCGAACAACUGGAGGAAAAGUAUCAAUUAGAAAGUGCUGUGUAG